UUAUGAUCAGACACACAGGCAAGAUGGCGGAGGGAGAUUCAUGGGAUGCUGACACUUUCGAUCCGGACGAGCUGGUUAUCGGAACAAAGAAGGCUGUUGUGGCGGACAAAUGGGAAGGCGAGGACGAGGAUGACAAUAUCAAGGACAACUGGGAUGAUGACGAGGAGGAAUGUAAAAAAGCAGAAGAGAAAAAAGCAGCAGAGACCAAACUUUCUGAGAAGAAGAAAUUAGCUGAAAAAAUCAAAGAAAAGGAAAGUUUACAAAUGAAAAAACAAGAAGAGCUGAGAAAGCGGUUAGAGGAAUCACAGGAAACAGAACUCUCACCGGAGGAUGAGCUAGCAGAGAAACUCAGAGUGAAGAAGCUACAGGAGGAAGCUGAUCUUCUAUUGGCUCAGGAGGCUUUCGGUGUCGUCAACAACGUCAAAGGAAUUGAUGCUAUAAGCCCGUCUUCUAAAGAUGAGUUCACAGCGUUUGAAAAGUUGUUAAAAGACAAGAUAUCACCUUUUGAGAGUUCCAUACACUAUUCCGGCUUCCUAGAGUCCUUGUUUCGAGACCUCUGUCUCUCACUGGAGGUGGAGGACUUGAAAAAAGUCAGCAACUCCCUCACAGUCUUACUAAGUGAAAAACAGAAACAGGAAAAGCAGCUGAAUAAAGGUCAAUACUAAUCAUCCCUCUUUGUUUCCAACAGCAGCUGAAUAAAGGACAAUACGAAUCAUCCCUCUUUGUUUCCAACAGCAGCUGAAUAAAGGACAAUACUAAUCAUCCCUCUUUGUUUCCAACAGCAGCUGAAUAAAGGACAAUACUAAUCAUCCCUCUUUGUUUCCAACAGCAGCUGAAUAAAGGACAAUACGAAUCAUCCCUCUUUGUUUCCAACAGCAGCUGAAUAAAGGACAAUACGAAUCAUCCCUCUUUGUUUCCAACAGCAGCUGAAUAAAGGACAAUACUAAUCAUCCCUCUUUGUUUCCAACAGCAGCUGAAUAAAGGACAAUACUAAUCAUCCCUCUUUGUUUCCAACAGCAGCUGAAUAAAGGACAAUACUAAUCAUCCCUCUUUGUUUCCAACAGCAGCUGAAUAAAGGACAAUACUAAUCAUCCCUCUUUGUUUCCAACAGCAGCUGAAUAAAGGACAAUACUAAUCAUCCCUCUUUGUUUCCAACAACAGCUGAAUAAAGGACAAUACUAAUCAUCCCUCUUUGUUUCCAACAGCAGCUGAAUAAAGGACAAUACUAAUCAUCCCUCUUUGUUUCCACCAGCAGCUGAAUAAAGGACAAUACUAAUCAUCCCUCUUUGUUUCCAACAGCAGCUGAAUAAAGGACAAUACUAAUCAUCCCUCUGUUUCCACCAGCAGCUGAAUAAAGGACAAUACUAAUCAUCCCUCUUUGUUUCCACCAGCAGCUGAAUAAAGGACAAUACUAAUCAUCCCUCUUUGUUUCCAACAGCAGCUGAAUAAAGGACAAUACUAAUCAUCCCUCUUUGUUUCCAACAGCAGCUGAAUAAAGGACAAUACUAAUCAUCCCUCUGUUUCCACCAGCAGCUGAAUAAAGGACAAUACUAAUCAUCCCUCUUUGUUUCCACCAGCAGCUGAAUAAAGGACAAUACUAAUCAUCCCUCUUUGUUUCCAACAGCAGCUGAAUAAAGGACAAUACUAAUCAUCCCUCUUUGUUUCCAACAGCAGCUGAAUAAAGGACAAUACUAAUCAUCCCUCUGUUUCCACCAGCAGCUGAAUAAAGGACAAUACUAAUCAUCCCUCUUUGUUUCCACCAGCAGCUGAAUAAAGGACAAUACUAAUCAUCCCUCUUUGUUUCCACCAGCAGCUGAAUAAAGGACAAUACUAAUCAUCCCUCUUUGUUUCCAACAGCAGCUGAAUAAAGGACAAUACUAAUUAUCCCUCUUUGUUUCCACCAGCAGCUGAAUAAAGGACAAUACUAAUCAUCCCUCUUUGUUUCCAACAGCAGCUGAAUAAAGGUCAAUACUAAUCAUCCCUCUUUGUUUCCAACAGCAGCUGAAUAAAGGACAAUACUAAUCAUCCCUCUUUGUUUCCACCAGCAGCUGAAUAAAGGACAAUACUAAUCAUCCCCUCUUUGUUUCCAACAACAGCUGAAUAAAGGACAAUACUAAUCAUCCCUCUUUGUUUCCAACAGCAGCUGAAUAAAGGACAAUACUAAUCAUCCCUCUUUGUUUCCACCAGCAGCUGAAUAAAGGACAAUACUAAUCAUCCCUCUUUGUUUCCAACAGCAGCUGUAUAAAGGACAAUACUAAUUAUCCCUCUUUGUUUCCAACAGCAGCUGAAUAAAGGACAAUACUAAUCAUCCCUCUUUGUUUCCAACAGCAGCUGAAUAAAGGACAAUACUAAUCAUCCCUCUUUGUUUCCAACAGCAGCUGAAUAAAGGACAAUACUAAUCAUCCCUCUUUGUUUCCAACAGCAGCUGAAUAAAGGACAAUACUAAUCAUCCCUCUUUGUUUCCAACAGCAGCUGAAUAAAGGACAAUACUAAUCAUCCCUCUUUGUUUCCAACAGCAGUUGAAUAAAGGACAAUACUAAUCAUCCCUCUUUGUUUCCAACAGCAGCUGAAUAAAGGACAAUACUAAUCAUCCCUCUUUGUUUCCAACAGCAGCUGAAUAAAGGACAAUACUAAUCAUCCCUCUUUGUUUCCAACAGCAGCUGAAUAAAGGACAAUACUAAUCAUCCCUCUUUGUUUCCAACAGCAGUUGAAUAAAGGACAAUACUAAUCAUCCCUCUUUGUUUCCAACAGCAGCUGAAUAAAGGACAAUACUAAUCAUCCCUCUUUGUUUCCAACAGCAGUUGAAUAAAGGACAAUACUAAUCAUCCCUCUUUGUUUCCAACAGCAGCUGAAUAAAGGACAAUACUAAUCAUCCCUCUUUGUUUCCAACAGCAGCUGAAUAAAGGACAAUACUAAUCAUCCCUCUUUGUUUCCAACAGCAGUUGAAUAAAGGACAAUACUAAUCAUCCCUCUUUGUUUCCAACAGCAGCUGAAUAAAGGACAAUACUAAUCAUCCCUCUUUGUUUCCAACAGCAGUUGAAUAAAGGACAAUACUAAUCAUCCCUCUUUGUUUCCAACAGCAGCUGAAUAAAGGACAAUACUAAUCAUCCCUCUUUGUUUCCAACAGCAGCUGAAUAAAGGACAAUACUAAUCAUCCCUCUUUGUUUCCAACAGCAGCUGAAUAAAGGA